AUGUACUUUUUACCACUGAUUGCGGCAAUCACCUUUUACGUUCUGGUAGUUCGGGCCUUACGAUAUCGCCGUCGUGAUGGCUUCCAGCGGAGAUUUCCCCAGUACAAAACACGAGAAGAAAUGGCUUCAAUGCCAUUAUCAGACGCAGCCUCCAUAUUGCGUGAGCUAUCGGAAAGGGAAUUUCCCAUAACAUUCUCCACAUCCGGGUCUUUCGCACUCUUCAAGACAUAUGGAAUCCCAACGAUCUCCAAACUUUUGGUAGCUACCAGCCAGCUUUCAGGAGAUCGCACAGCAUCGAAACGACGGACAGACACCGUAGUUUUAAUGUCGGAGAUUAUCUACAACACACCAGACUCCCGUCGCAACAUAGAUGCCAUCUCUCGCAUCAACUUCCUUCAUAGUCGCUGGCGAGAGGCUGGGAAGAUAUCCAACGAUGACAUGCUCUACACUCUCAGCCUCUUCCUCCUCGAACCUAUGCGCUGGACCGCACUAUACGAAUGGAGGGACCUAACCAUGUUUGAGAAGAAUGCCUUGGCUAUCUUUUGGAAAGAUCUGGGCAAAGAGAUGGGCAUCUCCUAUGAGUGCUUGGCUCCCCACAUGAGCCAAAAGGAUGAUGCCUUGGCCUGGCUGGAGGCGCUUCAGAAGUGGUGCUUGAAGUACCAGGAGCACCACAUGGUCCACGCUGUCUCGAACGAAAAGCUGGCACAUGCGAAUAUUACUCUACUCUUAAUGGACUUCCCUAAGUUCACGCACAACUUCGUAUUCAGGCAGUUGCGUUGCCUGAUGGAACCUGUACUCCGACAAGCCAUGGGAUACGAAAAUCCAAGCAGGUUGGAUUUCUUCAUCUUUGAAAACCUAGUCGCUUUCAGACGUAACGUUCUCAAGUACUUCUGUUUACCACGACCAAAAUGGUGGACCAACCCCAUGAUCCAAGACGUGGACAAGAAGACAGGCCGAAUGUACUUGACAAACUACCUCGCGCACCCCUACUACGUCAAGCCGGGCUUCUGGUGGCGAUGGAGUCCUUCUGCUCUCUACACUAGACUAAUUGGUGGACACUUACCUGGAGAUGAGGGGUCUAAGUACCAUCCGGACGGAUACACCAUUCCAGAAGUUGGCCCUGACGCCCAGAGAUGCAACGGCAAAGAGUACAUGGAGCGCACGAGAGAGAGAAUUAGUCAAGCUAGGGGUUGCCCCAUGGCAUUUCAGGCUUGA